AUGAAUACUAAAUUGGUAGAAGUGAAACAUAUCGCUGAUAUAGUGGGCGAAUGGGGCAUUAUUUCGUGUGCCUUCUCCUAUAACAUAUGCCAAUAUCUAAUCUCACGAUUCCUGGUCGGACUGGGCCAUUCUGGCCUUGGUCGUGCCCUAGAAUUAGCUAAUGGACAGGUAGAUAGGGCUGAGGUUACCAUUAGAAAGGCAUUGCAAAUGAAUGGCAAAUCGAUAGACAACUUAAGGGAACAGAUGAGACAAUUGGCUAAUAAUUUGCAAACAACUCAAAAAGCGACCAAAAACGAGAAAAGUCAUAGUGCCCUAGAUUUGCUUAAAACACCAAACAUGAGAAAAUACACUUUGAUUAUAUGGUACGGAUGGAUAGUAAACGCUUUAAUUUAUUACGGCAUUAGUUUCAAUAUGGGUGACUUUGGGGGGAAUUUCUACAUAACCUUCCUAUUAUCCGGUUUGAUGGAACUUCCGGCACAACUGUUAACCCCACUGUUCUUGCGAUAUAUCGGUCGACGAAAACUGUACGCAAUAUUCAUGAUAAUUACGGGCGCGUCGUGUGUGGCAGUGAUCGCCGCCGACCAGAGCUCAUGGCUGCGAGUGUUGUUAGCAUUGAUCGGCAAAUAUGGUAUUACCAGCGCAUGGAAUGUGCUGUCAAUUCAUGGCUCGGAAAUCUAUCCGACAGUUGUCCGCAACACAGGACUCGGCGUCUCUUCAGUUGUCGCUCGCGUCGGCUCUAUUAGCGCACCCUUUAUGACAAAUCUG